CGCGAAUGGAUCGGCUGAUGGGGAUUCACUUUCCAGUGUCGAGAAACAAGCACAAGGCCUUUCUGCGCUGAACAGGAGUGCGAGUGACUGUAUCAGUCAGAUUCCCAAGGAUAAGACAAGUGUAAAUGAUGUAUUUGAAUAUCCCAUUCAGUAUAGAUUAAAAGGAAAUCCUCCUAUGUAUAUGAAUGAGAUUCAACGACUUCAAAGCCACAGAAAUGCCCAAACUCCUCAAAAGAGAAUGAAACCUUCUCCUACACUUUUCCUAAGUCCCGAGGCCUCCAACUUGAGAUACGCCACGGUUUUUGACGGAGGCACACCCGCUGCGUUUAAUCGCGAUCCGAUCCAUAAGAUGCCGGCGAAAAACACCGAUGAGCCUGGGACCAGGAGAUCCUACCCAAAACCAUCGAUGUUUAAUCGGCCAUUGGCUUUUGUCAGGCCCGAGGAGCCGCUGGAUCUCUCGGAUACCACACAGAGCGUCAACUCGACUGUGAGAAAUUCGUCAUUAAACAGUGAGACUAGCGUUACACAGAACAACAUUCCAACGGGAAAACUGCCGGGGGUUGCUGUAAAAGCUCCAAAGGAAUUUCCGGAAAAUAAUUUUUACAGUGAUAAAAAGAAGGGCGUGUGCAAUCCGUACACGCUGGAUCCAAUAGC